AUGAUUAAUCCAGAAAAAGAUGCAGAAAGAAUUAAUAAGUCAAUCAAAUUAAUAGAUACUGAUGAAGAUAUCAUCAAUGAAAUACUCGGUCAUAGAAAUUUUCAGCAACGUAUGGCGAUUGCAGAGGCUUAUAAACGUUUAUACGACAAGGAUAUCACGGAACAUUUAGGCUCUGUUUUAUUAGGCGGUUAUGAUAGCCUAUUGAAAACAAUGUUUAGAAAUCCAAUGGAGAUUUUAGCCAAUGAUUUAUAUAAAGGCAUGAAGACAUUGGGUUCAAAUUAUCAAAUAAUGACCGACAUUAUCUGUUGUUGUAAUAAUACUGAAAUUUAUUUAUUAAAGAAAGCAUAUGAUAAAAUACUAAUGGCAGAAGACCCAAAAUGUUGUCGUCAACGUUCAUUAGAAACUGAUGUUAUGAGCGAAUCGAAAGGCGCUUACAAAUUAUUUAUGCAACAAUUGUUAAAAGGGGAACGUUGUGAAGACAGUAAAAUUCAGGUUAUUCCGACCGAAAAUGCAACUGAAGAAGCUUUACACGGUGUCAAUCAACAAUUAGUUGCAGAUGACGUGAAUGAAUUAUACGAAGCAAGUGAAGGACAAGUAGGCAAAGGUGAUCCUUCCGUCUUUAUAUCAAUCUUAUCCAAACGCAGUAAAUAUCAUAUACAAGCGAUAUACAAUGCAUACUAUAAGAAAUACGGCCACCUUCUUGUGGAUGCUAUAUCACGGAAAUUUUCAAAUCCUCUUCGUACGGCAAUGAAUACUGUCAUUAUGGCGCUGAUUGAUCUGCGUUUACUACUCAUCUGUCAACUUUACUGUAGUAUGGAAGGCAUAGGAAUGAACGAGGAUACAGUCAUUCGAAUUGUAUGUCUUCGAAGUGAGAUUGAUUUACAAAAUAUAAAAGAAUUAUAUGAAAAAUUCUUUUAUAAACCAUUAACUCAGAGUAUAGCUUCUGAAACACAAGGCGGUUUAAAGAAAUUAUUAUUAAUUCUUCUGAAUUGUGAAUAGAAAAGAAAAAGUGAAGAAGUCUGAAAACAGCAGACUAGAGAAUGAAGGAAAAGAAGACGAACAAUAUCAGCAAUAAAAUCGAUAAAAAAAAUGCUCAUUGAAAAUGAGAAAAAACGCCUUAAUGCUAAAAUUUCAAUUAUGUUUAAAUUGUCGCUCUAAUUUAAAAUGAAAUUCUAUGCAGUAAAACAAAUAUACAAACAUAGAUAUGUUGAUGUACUUUAAAAUGCCUUCAGAAACAGUUAAUAAAUAGUAGUACUAGCAUAGUACACAUAUUCUUUCAUUUUACUGUCCUCUUGAAGACACCAAGCAAUAUUCAUUUCUACAUAUACGGGCUUUUAAUUGUAAUGUAUAUGUCGAUAUAUAUAUGCAUAUAUAUCUUGUGUGUGUAUCAGUAUGAAUUGGGUAUAUGAGUACUCAUGUUUCAACCUUGAUAGACAUUCCAUAUUACGCUUUGUUAUUAUUUUUCUGUCUUACCACUUUCUGCUGACUGGC